UCUCUCUCUCUCUCGGUGGCCAAGCGGAGUCCGUCGCAUGCAUAUGUAAGCAGCGGCAGGCAAGAAUCCAAAGCCAAAGGGGGGCUCUCUCUCUCUCUCUCUCUCUCUCCUCUCUCCUCUCCCCUCUCUCCGUCUCAUCAGCUUCGGCGGCGAUGGCGGCGUCGGCGUGGAGGAGGCUGCUGGCGGAGGCGCCGCCGGCGCCGGGGCAUCACCGCAAGCAGGGCGACGCGCCGUCGGACUGGAGCGCGGGGUACCUCAACGGCUGGCUGUCGCAGCAGACGCCGGUCUUCGGGCUCCGCCUCUGGGUGCUCAUCGGCAUAGCCGUCGGCGCCGCCAUCGUCCUCGUGCUCCUCCUCAUCUUCGUCUGCCUCUCGCGCCGCCGCCGCCGACGCGACGAGGUGCUCGCGGCCAACCUCUACCCCGCCGACACCAAGCUGCUCAAGCAGCACCUGCAGCAGGCCACGCCCACCAAGGACAUCCAGGAGAUCGUCCGACGCCAGCAGCAGCAGCCGCAGACGCCGCCUCCGGCGCCGCAGCCCGCGGUGCAGCUGGCGAAAGCAGAGCCGCCGGUGACGCCGCCGCCGCAGCACAGGGCGCAGGUCCCGGUGCCACCCGCGCGGAAGACGCCGGGCAGCGGCAUGUCGGCCACGACGAGCGGCGGGAGCGAGCGGGACGGGGCCACGCCGAGGAGCACCGGGAGCGCCGCGGGGGCGCCGGAGGUCUCGCACCUCGGGUGGGGCCACUGGUUCACGCUCCGUGAGCUGGAGGAGGCCACGGACGGGCUCGCCGAGGAGAAUGUGAUCGGGGAGGGCGGCUACGGGAUCGUGUACAGGGGCACGUUGCACGAUUCCACCAUGAUCGCCGUCAAGAACCUGCUCAACAAUAGGGGCCAGGCUGAGAAGGAAUUCAAGGUGGAGGUCGAAGCAAUCGGUCGUGUUCGGCACAAGAAUCUCGUCAGGUUGCUUGGCUACUGCGUAGAAGGUGCUUACAGGAUGCUUGUGUAUGAGUAUGUGGACAAUGGUAAUCUUGAUCAGUGGCUUCAUGGUGAUGUUGGGGAAGUGAGCCCACUAACGUGGGACAUCAGGAUGAACAUUAUGCUUGCAACUGCUAAAGGGCUGGCCUAUCUUCAUGAGGGGCUGGAACCGAAGGUUGUCCACCGUGACAUCAAAGCUAGCAAUAUUCUUCUUGAUCAGCAGUGGAAUGCUAAAGUGUCGGAUUUUGGGCUCGCGAAGCUAUUGUGCUCAGAGAAAAGCUAUGUUACAACCCGUGUUAUGGGAACCUUUGGUUAUGUGGCACCUGAAUACGCCAGCACUGGGAUGUUAAAUGAGAGGAGUGAUGUCUAUAGUUUUGGUGUACUUAUAAUGGAGAUCAUCACUGGUAGAUCUCCUGUAGAUUAUACAAGACCAGCUGGAGAGGUGAACUUGGUUGAAUGGCUCAAGACCAUGGUUGCCGAGAGGAAAGCGGAGGAAGUAGUGGACCCUAAGAUGGCUGAAAAGCCUUCUCCCAAAACACUAAAGCGGGCACUGCUCGUUGCGCUACGCUGCGUCGACCCUGAUGCCAACAAGAGGCCUAAAAUGGGGCAUGUAAUUCACAUGCUCGAAAUGGAUGACCUCCUAUUCCGAGAUGAUAAGAAGGCCGGAAGGGAGGGUUCAGACAGAUACAGCUCCAAGGAAGAUGGGAGCUUCAGCAAGCGUGAGCACCAUCGGUACAGAUGAUGAACAGCAGCGCGAUACUAGAGCGGAGUAUGAGGUUGUAUGGAUUGCCACUAGAGAGUAGCGACAUUAACCAUGUUCCCAUUACAUUCUUUCCCCUCUUGUUCAAUCUCAUUGCUCUUUGGUUGUAUUAUAUAUAUGCGAGCACCAUUCUGUUAGGACACUUGAUACUUGAAUCACACACACAAGUGUAGCAGCAUGGUGCUGUGACUAACAUGUCCCCAGCCAAUACUUGCAGUUUUAAAGGCAAGGAAUCCAGCAAAUGCAAGUACGGUUUUUGUCUACUC